GCAGCCAUGAAAGGCGAGCAAGAUAAUCCUUCUCCGUUUCUGUAAAACAGCCUUUCUCCGGUGACAAACCGCUCUGGUUUCGCCUUCCGGUGACAAACACUGACCUAAUUCAAUGUUGGAUCUCAAUCUCUGUAUUCUCUCCGGAGAUUCCGCCUCCGCCUCCGGUUCCGGUUCCGGUUCCGCCGAUCAUUCCAACACCACCGCCGACGAGGAUUUCUCUUCCAACGUUAACUCUGGUUUCACUUUCUCUUUCAGUAUCCUCAACAACAACGGCACCGAUAAUCAACUUGACCGGACGGCCCUGUUUCACCCCGUCGCCGGCGUCUGUUCGCAGAGGAAAUGGCUGGAUCAGUCUGUUAAUCCGGUGAAGAAGGGACGGCGAGGCCCCAAAUCAAGAAGCUCUCAGUAUCGUGGGGUUACUUGUUAUCGAAGAACAGGGAGAUGGGAGUCGCAUAUCUGGGAUAACGGGAAGCAAGUCUAUUUGGGCGGUUUUGACACGGCCCAUUCUGCAGCGAGGGCUUACGAUCGAGCGGCAAUCAAGUUUCGAGGAGUUCAUGCGGAUAUUAACUUCGAUAUCGGGGACUACAGAGAGGAGAUUAAAGAGAUGAGGAAUUUGAGUAAAGAGGAGUUUGUGCACAUUCUUCGACGGCAGAGCAAUGGGUUUUCGCGAGGGAGUUCCAAAUACAGAGGGGUUACUCUCCAUAAGUGUGGCCGAUGGGAGGCUCGUAUGGGCCAGUUUUUAGGGAAGAAGUAUGUGUACCUUGGGCUGUUUGAUAGUGAGGUAGAAGCAGCAAGAGCAUAUGAUAAGGCAGCCAUAAAACACAACGGAAGGGAAGCUGUAACCAAUUUUGAUCAGAGCUGUUAUUAUGGCAUGGAGAUUGCCUUUGAAUCUGAAAGCCAUGGCGAUAUUGACCUGAGCUUGGGCAUUGCUCCUCCAUGUCCACCCCAACACCAAACCGAUAACCGGAGUUGGCCGAUCCCAACCCCCUACGGCGGAGCAUCCUCACUCCCGUUCUUCUCCGCCCCAGCAGCAUCAUCAGGAUUCCCUUCUCCCGCCCUCGCCUCGCCACCUUCUUCCACCCUCACCUUUCCUCCGCUACCACAUUCCCCCCUCUAUUUCCGCUGCUAGUUACAGUCUAUUAUUAUGAAAUUUAAUUUAAGAUAUACAGUAUUGUGGAGUAUUAUUGGUUGACAG